AAGACAAUUGUCAGCUGACCCUGUACAUUUUAGAGAUUUUCUUUCGUACGCAGCCAAAUUUUUUGCGUGUAAAAGAAAAAAAGGAAAUUUUUCAAGCAAAAAAAAUAUUUUUUAAGGAAAUUUCUAAAAAACAACUAAAAGAAAAUGUCGGGCAAGGAUAGAUUACCAAUUUUCCCCUCCAGAGGUGCUCAAAUGUUAAUGAAGGGUCGUCUGGCUGGUGCCCAAAAAGGUCAUGGUUUGUUAAAGAAAAAAGCUGAUGCCUUGCAAAUGCGUUUCCGUAUGAUUUUGGGUAAAAUUAUUGAGACCAAAACUCUUAUGGGCGAAAUUAUGAAAGAGGCUGCCUUUUCCUUGGCUGAAGCUAAAUUCACAACUGGCGAUUUCAAUCAAGUUGUUUUGCAAAAUGUCACCAAGGCUCAAAUUAAGAUACGUACCAAGAAAGAUAACGUAGCUGGUGUUACCCUGCCUGUAUUCGAAUCGUAUCAGGAUGGUUCUGAUACCUAUGAAUUGGCCGGUUUGGCUCGUGGUGGUCAACAAUUGGCUAAAUUGAAGAAGAAUUAUCAAAGUGCUGUCAAACUUUUGGUAGAGUUGGCUUCUUUGCAAACAUCUUUUGUUACCUUGGAUGAGGUCAUUAAGAUUACCAACAGAAGAGUCAACGCCAUUGAACAUGUUAUCAUUCCCCGUAUUGAUCGUACUUUGGCUUACAUUAUCUCCGAAUUGGAUGAAUUGGAACGUGAAGAAUUCUAUCGUCUAAAGAAGAUUCAAGAUAAGAAACGUGAGGCACGUCAAAAGUCCGAAGCCAAGAAGGCUGAUCUUUUAAAACAAGGCAUUGAUGUACGUGAGGUAUCCAACAUUUUGGAUGAGGGUGAUGAUGAUGUUCUUUUCUAAGAACAUUAAAAAUUAAAAA